UCAUCAUUCAUGAUCCCUCCACAGGGCCGUAAAGCCGAGUCAUCGUCCACUUUAUUAUUGGAGCCAAGUUUCUAUUCUCUGCUAGAGCAGCUGAAGAGGAGAAACUGUUAAACAUGAGUUUGUAAUUUAACCACUGAGAACUAGAAAAUAAGAGCCUGGAGUUAAAGUUUCCAUUCAGUUGUUCUGGUUAAGUUUCUAUUUCUGACAAAGCAAACAGAAAGUAAACUCCAGCCUCUCCCUGACUGGUUAAAUUGGUGUUUUCUCCUGCGGAGCCUCAUUCCUUCAGACUGACGUCCUGCAGUCAAACAUGUUUACGUGUCUCUGAGCUCAGGUUGAGACGUUUCAGGAUUACCUCUGACAGAAACGCUGGAAAGCUUCAAAAUCAAGACAUUCUCAAAGUGAUUUGAAACAGCUGGAUCAUGAGCAGCUCUACAGAGACUUCAGAGUCCAGGCUGAACGCGCUGCAGAGCCACUUCACCUGGGAGCUCCAACCCUCCAGGUCCAAACAGACCUACCUCCGGGACGCACUGGGAGACAUCAGCACUGAGGAGGGGAACUUCUGGCUGGGUCACGUCUACAACCUGCUGGGCUUCAUCCAGUACCAGCUGGGCUCCUCUGAAGACGCCCUGAACCUCUUCAACCGGGCCGCUGAGACCUUCCAGAGGCAGAAAAACGCUGAUGAAGGUCCCUGGUUGAUGGUGAACUUUGGGAAUCUGGCCUGGCUGCACCAUCACCUGGGAGAAGAUGAGAAGAGUGAAGACUACCUGUCAAAGGUCGACGGUCUGAUGAGGAAAUACCCAGCUCCACCUGAGUUAGAGCGCCACCCAGAGGUCUUAGCUGAGAAGGCCUGGACCCUGAUGAAGUUUGAUAAAGAGAAGAAGCUGGAGGCUGCAGAGCUCUUCCAGAGAGCCAUCGAGAUGCAGCCGGACACCGUGGAGUGGCAGAGCAGCUACGCCAUACUAUCAGCAGAGUUCCUCACAGACAACUUAAAGAAGCUGAACGCUGACCGGCUGGAGAUGCUGAGAUCUGCCAACGAACAGGACCCAGAUGACUUAUGCAUUGCUGCUCUUUAUCUGGAGGCCAGAGCUGCAAACGGAGAAAUCGUCCAUGGUGAAGCUCGAGUUUUGGCUGGAAAGCUGAAAGAGAAACCUGUCAACAGCUACAGCGGAAUCAGCCCAUUGCUGCGUCUGAACAAAAGGUUUAAACUGGAAGACGGCGCUGAAGAAUCUCCAGAUGAAGCUCUGAAUCAAACCCAACAGCAAAGAUCUGAUGCAGAGAGUCUCACAAAGAAGAUCCUUUCUAAGGACUACAGAACUGACAGCAACGAGAUCAACGGAGCAAUCAGACUCUGGGAGGAAGUGAUUCAUAAUGAUCCUCAACCCAAACUUGAAGAUAAAAUCACUUUGGCGUCCAUACAUGCAAAGCUAGACGCAAAGAAAGCUGAGCAGAUUUACAAAGAGCUGCUGGAACAAAGACAAGAUCUGGAUCUAGCAAGAAAACAGAUGCUUUACAACGUCUACGCCAAACAUCUAUUCUUUAUGAAAAAUAACAGCUGCGAGUCAACUGAGUACCACAUGAGGGCAGCAGAGAUCCAAGAAGAGUCCAAAUAUCGACAUUCCAGCAUCACAGAACUGGAGAAGACCUUAACAAGAGAAACUUCCAGAAGAAACGGAGACGCUGAUCUGUGCAAACGCAUCAAGGAGCUUCUGGCCAGACUGGGAAUUCAACCUGCAACCCAGAACCACUGAAUGUGAUCAGAACACAUUCUUAAACUAUUUCACAUUAGCAUCAAAUAUAAGCGGAAUAAUUUAGAUAAGUAAGUUGUUUUCAUAUCUAUGAAUGGGUCUUCUUCUGUAACUUGAUUUUUUGCUAAAUAAAAGUUGGAGUUUCA